GGGCGAGUGGCGUUGAGUCCCCAAAAACAUCGGGCAAGGGGCCGCCCAACGCAUCAUCUCCCUAAACAACUGAUUUCGAGAGAAGAAAUGGCCACUUGGGCAACAAUUAACGAGACUUUCUAUGUCUAGAAUCCUCUCAAAUGAUUGUUUCUAUCUCGCCUCUGCAUGUCUUAGCCUCAAUCAUGCUUCAAUUGAGCAACCCAAUCCAAAAUGGUCCCCCGCAAGCCCCGGCCCUAUCGACCUAAGAUAAGAGGUUGCUACGAAUGCUCGAAGCGCCGAGUCAGCUGCGAUCGCGCGGAGCCUGAAUGCGGGAAGUGUUCUAAAAAAGGAUUAAAGUGCAGCGGUCUGGGGGUUCGACAUCGAUUCAGUGAUGGGGCGGCUUCACGAGGCUUUUGGAGAGGCAAAACUGUUCAGCAAGCCUACGAAGAACAAAGAGGCCACGAACGAGGUCACAAUGAUGUACAAACAUGGCGCACAACGAAGAAAGGGCUUCAUUCACCGACUUUAGGACCGCCCGGCAUGGCACAAGCUGAGGCAGAUCACAUAGAGUACGACGGUGUUAGUAUUGCGCCCUACGAACGGCAUAAAAACACUGUCUGUAACAUCAUUCUCGAGCGUUUAAAUAGGACUGCUACCAUAUGGUCUGAGAUGGUAGUUGCUGCCACCAACUGUCUCACCAUUCAACCAACCCCAAGCAACUUGAACCCGUGGGAAACUCAUUUGCUGUCGUAUUUCUCAGCCAACAUUGCUGUAGAAAUGGUGGUCGCGGACGGUCACCAUAACGGCUGGCGCCACCUUGUUCUACCUAUCGCUCAUGCGGAUCCCUUAGUCUUGAAAUCCGUGCUCGCCGUGGCUUUAUUUCAUUCGAGCAACCAAAGACGUGCUGCUGGUUCUGGAGGUAAGACGCAUAAGGUCACACAUUCAAGGCUACACAACGUGUCCGUGGUUCCGAUGCAGCUAUACACAACGACUAUUCAUGAUCUAAGAAGACUACAUGACCUCGAAGCCGAUGAUCGUUUGAGUAAGAUUCGCACAUUGGUCGUCAUACUUGUCCUACUCGUUUCCGCCAUGGUGACCGGAUCGGAUGACUUCCCGAUGUUGUUUCGUCUGCUAGAAUCUGCACUGAAGACUAUUGGUGGAGAAGACUACCUGGGAGGCGAUGAGCUUUCAGCCUUUGUAAUGCGCCAGGUUUACAAGUUACGCGUAUAUUCAGCUCCCCUUCUGAGCGAGAAUAGUGGCAUUUUGACUCUAUGUUCCCAAACGCAAGUCACUAGAGCAUUUGAAUGCAUGAGACACUGCUCGCAGCAGCGACCAGAGCAUUCCGAGACGAUAUCGCGCAUUAUAAACCUAGUGCAGCAGUCGCACGACAUUUAUCUCCAUCGAGCAGGUACUAAUAUAAUAAUACCACAGUCUGCAGUUGUUGGUCUUGAUGAUCACAUAACGAAAUCUGUCGAGAGAGUACAGUUGUUUAUCGAAACUUUCCAAUCAUUCCCCACUAACUCACCAGGAAGAGAAGUGUUGAUCUGGGCAUUCUUUAUGGCAGCGUCAGGAUGCGCGACGGAUGAGCACAAGGAAUUUUUCAGAAUCACCCUACGUGAAUUUCACCAGAAGAGUCGUUUCGAGAACAUCUUAAAAGCUCUCAAUCAUCUAGAACGAAUCUGGGAUCGUCAGCUCUUUGGACUUAGCUGGGCUUCCCAGCUCACCGAAGCUCGUUUGCUCAUCAUGUAAGUAAUCUGGACAAUUCAACUACGGGACGUGGCAGAAGAUCGCAUAGCUUCGGGAUUUCGGAAGAGGUGUACAUGACGUUAUAAACUUAUCGAAUGGGAUUUUCGGCCUAGUAACGCGCACAAACUACAUGGGUACGGGUCUGAAUCAUGAUUUGUUGACGUAUACCGAUGGCUUGUUCAUACAUUUUCUAGAAGUCGUAAGUUUGUAGGUGAAGCGAAUAUUGAAAUCAGAAAAGUUAGAAGGAAAUAAGUCAGGUUCAAAGGCUAACGUAGCUUGUUACCCAUUAUCAGUUAGAAGUUUUAUCUCUU